AUGUCCGACUCAAAGCGCACAGAGACCAAGUCGCCACCACCUAACCUGAAUCGGACAUCUCGCUCGCGGUGGCCAGCUCUCGCCGCGCUUGUAGCAGGACUCACGUUUGCGUUCAAGCUCGUCCAGUACCAGUCACACGACUACACCAUAUGCUCUUCGAAUGGGGCAAUAUACACCGUUAACCCUGAUCUUCCAAAUGUGCAGUGCAUCCUAGUCAAGGACUCCGUCAUUGCUGACGUUGGAAACCUCGAAGACAUCUCAGCUCGCCACCAGUCUCUAGCUGAAAGCAUUUUGCCAUGGCCCAUAAACCUCCUUCGUUCCUCCCCGCCGAUCAAGUACAUAAAUUCUACCAGUGCUAUUGUUCCGGGAUUGGCAGAUGCCCAUGGCCACAUUCUUGAGUAUGGAUUCAAAGAAAAUCUCGACCUUACUGGCUGCCAAAGCGUUCAAGAGGUUCUGGAUCGCUUGAAGGCAUAUGUCUCAUCCCACCCCGACAUCCUAAAAGACCCUUCGCAAUGGAUCCUGGGUAUGGGCUGGGAUCAAACAAAGUGGCUAGAAGCUCGAUAUCCCACAGCUGAUGACCUGGACUCGGACAUGCUUCUUCGCGGUCGCCGCAUUUCUCUAUCCCGAGUAGACGGUCACGCGACAUGGGUUUCAAACCGAGUGCUACAACUCUUGGGCGAUCUCCCCAAGGAGGUAGAUGGUGGUGUCAUCAUUCGAGAUACUGGGGGAAAGCCAACGGGAAUCUUUGUGGACAACGCCAUGGAGCUGAUCAAGGUUCCUCCUUGGACCCAAACCCAGAUGCUCGAAUACUUUGAUAAAGCUGUCAAAGAUGCUCAUGCGCAUGGUCUCACCUCCAUUCACGAUGCGAUGUCUACACUAGAUAAUAUCGUAUUUUUCAAAGAAUACUCGGAGGAGAAGCACUUGCCACUCCGGCUGUAUCUCAUGGGACACGUCUCGUCCAACGAAUACUGGGGUGGCCAGAUACCUCGGCUCACCAACCACGGUAUCAAUGGUCGCUUGAAUGUCCGCAGUGUCAAGCUGUUCAGCGAUGGUGCUCUUGGCUCCUUUGGCGCAGCGCUCCUAGAACCUUACUCCGAUAACCCCUCCACCAGUGGCAUCAUGCGAGUCGCCAAAGAAACGCUCGGUGCACUCAUCAAUCAGUUCUAUAAGGAUGGCUGGCAAGUGAACGUUCAUUGUAUUGGUGAUCGCGCCAACCACAUGGUCCUUGACAUCUUUGAGGACAUACACGCACACAACAGCUCGUUCAGCCAAGCGAGGAACCGUAUUGAGCACGCUCAGAUCAUGACUUUGGAAGACCUAGAACGAGUGGGACGUCUCGGAGUUAUACCUAGCGUUCAGCCAACUCAUGCUACAAGCGAUAUGGGCUAUGCCGAACAAAGACUGGGUCCAGAACGUAUCAAAGGAGCGUAUGCGUACCAAACGUUACUACAAAACUCUCAAAAUCACGUCCUUCCUCUGGGCUCUGACUUCCCCGUCGAGGGCAUCAAUCCCUUGCUGGGAUUCUACGCCGCGGUAGCACGACUGUCAGUCACCGGAGACUCGCCUCAUGGCGUCAAGGGAUGGUAUCCCGGACAAAAACUCACCCGCACCCAAGCCCUCAAAGGCAUGACGCUCGACGCUGCCUACGCCUCCUUCGCCGAGGACAAGAUCGGCUCUCUCGAAAUCGGCAAACGGGCCGACUUCGUCAUCCUCGACCGCGAUAUCAUGAAGGUACCUCAGUCCGAAAUCCUAGGGACCAAAGUCCAGGCCACGGUGAUCGACGGUCAAGUUGUUUACGGUGAAUUGUAAAUAUAUAGUGUUACUAGUGAUACAUGGAUAAUUAUGCCAGUAAUGAGACUGAAACGUUUUAAGAACCGGAACCGUAAAGAGCGGAAGUCGAACAACACAGAGGAAGCCGAACUAUGUAGGGGGAUCGAGAGAGUCCAAUGAGUGAACAGACGAACCUCCGGAAAUAUGUACCGUAAUGAAGUUCCAUAAAACAGGUAUAGGAUAGCAUUAGUCCUGAGCGAUAUAAAGUCGCAGCUGCGAUUGCUGAUGCACUUGUUCAAGUUCAAGUUCAAAUCCACGAGCUCUCCAGCCCAGCCUUGCUCACGCGCCGCAUGGGCUGCAGCGUGGCCUCGUCGACAGGCGCCCGGCGCAGAUGGCGAUACCUCCCCGAGGAGUCCUUGACCUCCACCUCUUGCCCGACGUCUCGCCCGGCGUCGGUAGAAGCGUCCACGACAGAUUCCAUCGAAAACAUGGGCGGCAGACUCUCCCGAGCGUGGUGCAUGCCUGGGCGCGCCGCCGUCCGCGAGUACGCGUACCCGCCACCUCCACUUGACUCUGCUUGGUGUGCGCUCCCUGCGUCCGCACCAUUGGAGGCGCUAGGUGGUCCCUGGGCGACGCCGUGCGACUUGCUGCCUAGCUCCUGCUCCUCAAAUGUCAUGAGCUCAGACACAAAUCCGAUAUUAGGCGAGAUGCCCCUGCGGCGUUCCGUGACAUAGGCAUACGCGCGAGAUAACGUCCAAUGGUUGGCAUGUAUCAAGUACGCGAUGACCGCCGUGACCGACCGAGAUUUACCCGCCUUGCAGUGUACGUAGGUGGGCGCCUUGUAUAGACUGGCUUCGUCUAGAAUCUCGCAUGCCUUCUUCAAGCCCUGCGUAAUCUUAUCCUCCUCCACCGUGUCGCGCAUCGCGAUCCGGUCAUACCGCUGAAAGUUCUCCUUCAGCUUCAAACCCUGAUCGUCAUCGCACUCGGCCGCCAUAUUUAAUAUCCGCUUCACACCCAACGCCUUGAGCUCUUCCACGUGUUCCUCCGACGUCAUCUCCGGUCCGAGGUACAAGAAAUUCGGCAGAAUCGUCGACACUAUGAACACAGGUAUCUCAUCCUCUGUCGAGAGCGGCCGCUCAGUAUCCGGGCGUGCCGUGCUAGGUGACGGUGUCCGUGCAAGUGGCGUACUCGGCGUCCUCGGGGAGUUUGACCGGCUGCGGUCAAAGAACGAAGGUGGCUGCAGCUCCGUCGGUGUGUUUCUGAAAUUCGGCGACGCUGGCGAGUGGUUCGAGUGUAUGAGUGUGAGAUGCGAUGGUGAGUGCUGGGGAGACAGGAAGAGCGGGGGCGGCCCAUUGCUCACUGGCGUGGCGAGCACGGGUAGUGUCGUCGAGCGGGUUGGAACGGUGUUGAUCUGCAGCUUUGGCAGACUGACCCCGAGUUUCUCCGAUGGUUUAGCGUUUAUUCGCAGAUUGGGCGCACUCGGCCUGCGAGGGGGCGGAGGGCGAAUGAAUGUUGUCUGAGUGGGAGCAGGGGAUGAGACUUGGUAAGGCUCGUCCAAGUAAGAAGGUCGAAAGGACGGCAUGGGAUGUGCAGGAGAGGGCUCCUCUUGUUCAAUCUGAAAGUUGGACUGUAUGGGCGUCUUGGUAUUGAUCUGAAAGACACCCUUGAGCUUGGCAGAUUGUGGAGGAGCGUCCCUCUGAGGAGCUGCAAACGCAUAUUCAGCUUGCUCAUCGAAUGCAACAAGGGUUUUAGACUUCUCGUCUUUGAGGGCAGCUGGCAUUCCUCCACGCAGAUAGGAUGCUCGCUGAGGACCUAGCAAAGAAGAGAUGACGGAAAGAAGGGCCCAGGCAGUCACCUGCAUGUUGUCUUUUUCUGAAUCAUCUGUCUCCUCGCCAUGAACGAUGACAAUGGAGCCAUCCCAUCUAUCCGGUUUUUGGAUGUAGCUGUCCCAUAUCUCCUUGCCUUGUUCGGAUGUGACGAACUGGCGCAGGCCGUCUAUGGACUGGAAACCGCCACCGGGUUUGCGACAUCUCUUGAGGAUGAGUGAUGGUAUGGCGAUAUUGACGCUAGACUGCAAAUGGCAGGACUGGAAUGCAGCGGCAGGGCGGGUGUCGAUGAGGAGGGGAUGGGGGUGGGAAGAUAGACGCUGGUGUAAUUCUGGAGGAUCCAGGUACGGCUUUGCUCGGAUCACGUCGUCGAAAUCAAAGUUGCCGUUGAGGGGGAAAUGGCCAUUAAGUGGAAAGCCUGGGGAGCGGACGUCGCUAGGGGUAUAGUACACACUCGAGGUGGCGCUGGAUGGGCUGGGGGGAUCCUGGCGUGUCUUUUCGCGCCAAGCCCCGGGCAUUGCGUGCUCGAUCGCGGCCCAGGUCGAGGGUCCUGGCCUGGGUGUCUUUGGAAUUGCACCAAAGGAGCGUAUGGGGCGCAGACGCAGGUUGGUCUUUACGCUCUUGCGGAGGUUUUCAAGCUCUGCCAGGUCCUUUGAGAUGUCGUCUGUUUCGAGCGGGAAUGGGUGGAGACUGGCGGACGAGAGACCACUGGGACUGGACACGCUGGAGGUGCCCGAUGAAGGAGGGGAGUCCUCGUCGUCGCUGGAGAGGUCGAGGGGGGAUUCGGGUGCAUCUUGCUUGGCCGGGAGGGAGAGAUUGGGUAUAGGGGGUCGGAUGCGUUUGGCUGGCAUCGUGUACAGUAGAGGAAAGGAAGAAGAGUA